GUCCUGUAAUUAUUAUUAUUAUACAGGAGGAGCAGCUUGUGGUGUCCUGUUAUUAUUAUUAUACAGGAGGAGCAGCUUGUGGUGUCCUGUUAUUAUUAUACAGGGGGAGUAGCCUGUGGUGUCCUUUUAUUAUUAUUAUACUGGAGGAGCAACCUGUGGUGUCCUGUUAAUAAAGACAUAUGUUAUUAUGUUUAUGCUGGGGUGCAGCCUUUAGUGUCGUUGUUAUUAUUAUUAUUAAUUUUACUAUAUGAAAUUGUGGGGAUUGAAAAUAUUGCUCAAAUUCUCGGAUAUAUUAAAGCAGAGACCAUAAUAUACCUGGCAUGUGUAACAGAUGAUAAUUGAAGCAGUAUGAAGCAAAUGUAUAUCACACUCCUGGGAGUGUCACAGUGACAUCAUUUAGAUCUAUAGUAAUAAAGGAACUCCAGCUGUGGGGAACGGAGUCUUUAUUACACAUCACACGUUCUGUAUUCUCUCUGAUUCACAAAGGAUGGACAAGGACAGGAGUCACAGGACUGAGAGGAUAAUUAAUAUCACCCUGGAGAUCAUCUACCUGCUGACUGGGGAGGAUUACACAAUAGUGAAGAAGACAUCCAAUGAGUGUGAGAUAACCAGCAGCCAUCCCUGUGUAUCUGGAGGACUGAGUAGAACCCAGAGCCCCAUCACGGUGCCUCCACCUCACUCACUGACACAUGAAAGACACAAUGACCAGAAGAUCCUGAAACUCGCCAACAAGAUCAUUCAGUUGCUGACUGGAGAGGAGGGGGAGUAUAUAGAGGAACACAGGGGUCUGUACAAGGACGUGAUGAUGGAGAAUCACCGGCCGCUCACAUCACUGGAUGGGCCCAGUAACAGAGAUACCCCAGAGAGAUGUCCCCGUCCUCUGUAUUCCCAGGAUUGUACAGAUGAGAAUCACAGGAUCCCACAGGAGGAUCAGGGUGAAGCCCAAAUAAAUAAUGUUAAAGUCAAAGAUACAGAGGGAGAAGUAGAGACGUAUCUGACUGAUAUAAAGGCAGAAGAUAUAGAGGGAGAAGAAGAGACGUAUGUGACUGAUAUAAAGGCAGAAGAUAUAGAGGGAGAAGAAGAGAUGUAUGUGAGGGGUGAUCAGCAGUGUACGGAGGAGGAGAUCCCUACAGAUAUCAGCACAGCAGAUGGACACACAAGCAAGAACAUCUCAGAAGGACAUCUAAUGUUAUCCCUGGAUUCUGAAAUAACCGAUAACGACAGUAGACAGGAUUCUCCAGGAGCUAACCCCAUUACCCCAAUUAUACAUCCAGCUCUAUCAGCUGAUCCCUCUGAUCCUGGGAAAUGUUCUCCUGAUCACUCUGAUAUUGGUGCAUCUGUUACAGCUCUGACAGAAGAUACAGUGUUUCCGUGUUCUAUAGAUGCCAAAUGUUUUACACAGAACACAAAGCUUAUUACCCAACAUCCAGCUAAAGCAGGUGAGAGGCCAUUUCCAUGUUCUGAGUGUGGGAAAUGUUUUACAUAUAAAUCAAAUCUUGUUACACAUAAGAGAACUCACACAGGUGAGAAGCCAUAUUCCUGUUCUGAGUGUAGGAGAUGUUUUGCAAAAAAAUCACAUCUUGUUAUACAUCAGAGAAGUCACACAGGUGAGAUGCCAUUUUCCUGUUCUGAGUGUGGGAAAUGUUUUGCAACAAAAUCACAUCUUGUUUUACAUCAGAGAAGUCACACAGGUGAGAAGUCGUAUUCCUGUUCUGAGUGUGGGAAAUGUUUUGCACAGAAAUCAAAUCUUGUUAUACAUCAGAGAAGUCACACAGGUGAGAAGUCGUAUUCCUGUUCUGAGUGUGGGAAAUGUUUUGCACAGAAAUCAAAUCUUGUUAUACAUCAGAGAAGUCACACAGGUGAGAGGCCGUAUUCCUGUUCUGAGUGUGGGAAAUGUUUUGCACAGAAAUCAAAUCUUGUUAUACAUCAGAGAAGUCACACAGGUGAGAAGCCGUUUUCCUGUUCUGCGUGUAAGAAAUGUUUUGCACGGAAAUCAGAUCUUGUUACACAUCAGAGAAGUCACACAGGUGAGAGGCCGUAUUCCUGUUCUGAGUGUGGGAAAUGUUUUGCACAGAAAUCAAAUCUUGUUACACAUCAGAGAAGUCACACAGGCGAGAGGCCAUUUCCAUGUUCUGAGUGUGGGAAAUGUUUUACAUACAAAUCAGCUUUUGUUACACAUCAGAGAUAUCACACAGGUGAGAAACCAUUUCCAUGUUCUGAGUGUGGGAAAUGUUUUGCACGGAAAUCAAAUCUUGUUAAACAUCAGAGUAGUCACACAGGUGAGAGGCCAUUUUCUUGCUCUGAGUGCGAGAAAUGUUUUACACGGAAAUCAAAUCUUGUUAAACAUCAGAGUAGUCACACAGGUGAGAGACCAUUUCCAUGUUCUGAGUGUGGGCAAUGUUUUGCACAGAAAUCACAUCUUGUUACACAUCAGAGAAGCCACACAGGUGAGAAGCCUUUUCCAUGUUCUGAGUGUGGAAAAUGUUUUGCACAGAAAUCAAAUCUUGCUACACAUCAGAGAAGUCACACAGGUGAGAAGCGAUUUUCUUGCUCUCAGUGUGGGAAAUGUUUUGGACGCAAAUCAGAUCUUGUUAUACAUCAGAGAAGUCACACAGAUAAGAAUCCAUUUCUAUGUUCUGAGUGUGGGGAAUGUUUUGCACACAAAUCAGAUCUUGUUAUACAUCAGAGAAGUCACAGAGGUGAGAAUCCAUAUCUAUGUUCUGAGUGUGGGAAAUGUUUUGCACACAAAUCACAUCUUGUUACACAUCAGAGAAGUCACACAGGUGAGAAGCCAUUUUAUUGCUCUGAGUGUGGGAAAUGUUUUACCCAGAAAUCAUGUCUUGUUAUACAUCAGAGAAGUCACACAGGUGAGAAGCCAUUUCCAUGUUCUGAGUGUGGGAAAUGUUUUGCACACAAAUCAGAUCUUGUUAUUCAUCACAGAAGUCACACAGGUGAGAAGCCAUUUUAUUGCUCUGAGUGUGGGAAAUGUUUUACCCAGAAAUCAAGUCUUGUUACACAUCAGAGAAGUCACACAGGUGAGAAGCCAUUUUAUUGCUCUGUGUGUGGGAAAUGUUUUACCCAGAAAUCAAGUCUUAUUAUACAUCAGAGAAGUCACACAGGUGAGAAGCCAUUUCCAUACUCUGAGAAAUAAAUCAGCUCUUGUUUCACACAACAGACAUCACUUAGGUGAGGAACCAUUUUAAUCUUCUGGAGUAUACUCAUCAUUGCCAUGCGUUUUUCUUCAAGGUUCUUAUCCUAUCUCCUAUGCUUUUUGCAAUAUACAUGCUACCACUGGGUGAAAUAAUCAGAUGUCAUGCCCUCAUCUACCACUGCUAUGCAGAUGACCUGUCUUUUGCUCCAGGUACCCAGUACCAAUCCUAAAUGGUUGUCUAGCUGAGCUCCAGGUGUUGGUGAUGCCAGUUGGCUGUGACUCAGUCCUGGUGAAACAGGUCUUUAUGAUAGAAGCUCACCACCAAAGGACAGGGCUACAGCUCAGCUUUGCAAAGCAACCAGACUUACGCUUGGGGGUUCAGAGUUACAAAAUGCUGAUCAUGUGCGGAAUCUUGGUGUCCUGGGUGGUGGAGUGACACUUAGACAUCAGGUAUCUGCCACAAUCAGAUCCUCAUCUGAGGAACAUAGCCAGACUCCACCACUUAUUUCCCUCAGAAGAUCUACCUACAGUCAUACAUACACUUGUAUAAUCACACAUAGACUACUUCAAUGUCCUCUACCAGGAUCUCCCAGCAAUAGAAUUGCACCGCUUGUAGCUUGUACAGAAUGCAGCAGCCAGGCUGUUACCUAACCAGCCCGUUCCUGCCACAUCACACCCAUUCUCUACUCCCUUCACCGGCUGCCAGUAAGAUGGGGACUAUUAAUCUUACUGACUCUCCCAGCCCUACAUGACCGGGGUCCAAGGUACCAGAAGCAGCUUCUGCCUCCUUACUGCCCAGCUUGCUUCCAUCUGCAGAUGGACUGUUACCAGCAGUUCCAAGAAUCCCCAAGCAGUGCUGAGAUGUCAGAGUGGAGACAUGUUGGAUGGCACUAUUGCUGUGGUGGGGACUGCCGGAGGCACUAUCUGUGGCUAGUAUCCCCAAGCGGUGCUGAGGUGUCAGAGGGGAGAGACAGGGUGGGUGGCACUAGUGCUGUAGUGGGGCUGCCGUAGGCACUAUGGGUAAUUUAUUUUUCAUCCACUUGGGGUCACUGGAGUACUCUUGAGAUAUCAACUGAGAGUUAGCAGGAACAUGCACAUUUAAAUUAGUAACCCUCCUUCCCCUCCAUACUCCCAAAGGUACCUCACGUGGAGAGUUCUCCACAGUUUUUCUAUUUUUCACAGAUUUUUUCUUUUUUACACUCAAUCCCUUCCCAGAUUAUUAAGAAGCUUUGGUCCGGGAUUGUUUGUGCUGCUGCUGCAGCAAUUGGCUUGUCGUGCUCAGGAGAGGAGUACGAGUACGGCGGCUGCCGCGACUCUGUCUUCAGAAGGAGGAGAGGGGGGAGGCUGAGCGCAAUAUAUAUUGGCUAAUAUGGUAAUAAGUCUCAUCUUGCAUGCUUUAUUAUACUUGAGUAUAGGCAUGCACAUGGCAGGACGCCAUUUUAACCUUACUUCCUGGUUCUUCUUGCAGGGAGUUUGCUGCUGUCCUACGACACUCGCCCACUGGAGGAGUUGGGGUGUUAGUAGGAAUUCGGUACAGCACAGGUUUCACUGAUUGCAGUGUGUCCCACGUACACUGCACUUCUGGGUUAU